CUUUCAGGAUAUAUCAAGAUGCCUUCUUUGGACUCAAAGGCAUCAUCAAACAUGGCCACCGAUUCGUACUGACGCAUUGACAAAGCCCAUAGAUUUAUUGAUGCUUAACAAACUCAAAGAAUCCUAUUGUCAGAUUAAAGAGGGAGAAUUAGAUGUUGUUGCUGUAGUUCAUUCUUAUGAGAAUGGCACACCAGCUGGAUCUCACAAGACAAGACUAACUGCUCUCAACGUUCCCCCUAUGGGUCUGUUCUACCCAAUGCUCUUGGUUCCAGAUGUUUAUCCUCCGCCACCCCGUUCAUGGUUUCAUGACUAUGAGGAUAUGCCGGAAGAUACAUGGCAUAUAGAAUUUCCCAGAAGAACUGACAUGUCAGAUGGUUUAUUUGCUGGUGUCAAUGGUGGAUUAUCAAUGUGGGACAAUUUCCCAGUUUUUCCAACUAAACCAAAGAGAGAAGAAAAGGUUGGCCUUGCUGAAGCUAUCACAAGUAGCAUUCUUUCAACUGGGCGUAUAGACCUCCAGAGAAAAUUAUUUUGUAGCAUGCAACUGAUUGGUGGAGUUGCUUUGACUAGUGGUCUUAUUUCUGCAGUGGAGGAGAGAGUUUUACAUGCAAUUCCUUCAAAUGAAGCAAUUGAUACCGUUGAGGUUUUACAAUCAAGAACAAAUCCGACCUUUGUGUCAUGGAAAGGUGGAGCAAUUCUUGGCAUUCUUGAUUUUGGUCGUGAUGCUUGGAUACAUAGGGAGGACUGGAUUCGCAGGGGGAUUCAUGUUGGAAGUGGCAGAAAGUAUAAGGACUCCUAUUAUCUUCAAGCACAGGCAAUGUGUUACAUAAAUUCCUAAAAAAGGGUGAUGGAUACCACACCUGUAUUAUAAUUAAAGUUUUGACUCAUUACAAAAUAAGAAGGGAGGACAUGAAAAAGGAGAAAGUAGUAGAACUUGAUCUAGUUGCUUUUGAAUACGACACCACAUAAUUAGAGAGAACUAUUAGUCUUCAUGAUCAGUAUUUGAUUUUGAAAUUUUUAUUUUUAAAUUGAUUGGCAGAUUGGUUCUUUUUCA